AUGAGUCAAGCUGCCCGAAAGUCCAUCAUCCUUAAUUUUGAAUGCACUUCACUCUUCUCUUCUUGGUGGGAAGACAAAUGGACCAAGAAAUAUGGAGGAGACUUGAGGGAGACUCAUGAUCGCCUGUUCGGUCAACUUUCUCUUAAAUCAUACCUUAGCUCAGGCGAACUUGAAAAUUGGAAGGAGAUGAUUCAAGAGAAGAAUCGGGUUCUUCUGAUAGUACCUACUGAAUCCGAGGAUGACUCAGCUGAUGCAGCAGUUCUUCAUGGAGCUGAGGUAGAGGCUGAGAGGCGAGAAGCUGGAGAAAGUGGGGACGUUUCAGAAGAUUCAGGAGCUGAAAAAGAAGCGCCUGAAUCCACCAUCCAAGUGUCUAAGCGAAAGAAAGCAGUUAUGAUUGAGAACUCAAAUUCUGAUCCUGCAUCCCCACCCAAGACUAAACGACGAAUUCCUACCCCUACACUAGUAGAAAAACAUGUUUACGUGACGGAAUCUUGCCCGACAGAGCAAAUUUCCGCUCUUUUUAAAAUUUUCCUGGACAAAUAUUUUCGAGACCCGAACUGUCCCUCGCUCAUCUCGCCCUCUCUUUCACUCGGUCUCUCUCUUCCCGUAGCCUUCCUCCUCAUCCUCUCUCUCUUCCCAACCCAAACCUUAAUCCUCCUCCACUCCAGCCGACUCUCAUUCUCAGCUCAGCUCGCACAAGGCUUUCCCGCCCAAUCGCCCAUCAGUUUCUCCGACCGCCGCUCGAUUUUGUUCAUAAACCCUUCGCUACUCUCCCAACUUCGACUUCAUCUCACGGUGAUAUCUGGUGUUAAACCGACGAAAAAGAAGUUCAUAAUGGAACUUCAGAAGGAUCAGAACGUCGUAGCAAUGGUUGGUGAUGGAAUUAAUGAUGCUGCAGCAUUGGCUUCAUCGCAUGUUGGAAUUGCCAUGGGUGGUGGUGUUGGAGUUGCUAGUGAGGUGUCUUCUAUUGUGCUAUUGGGCAACAGACUUUCACAGUUACUUGAUGCCUUGGAGCUGAGCAGGCUAACUAUGAAGACUGUGAAGCAAAAUCCCGAUGUCCGGUCUUCAAAUCCCGAUGUCAGCACUUGAUCUUGCUCCACCUUUGACCUCCCAACCACUUCGCCCAGUCGAUACCCAGUAGCUUGAUGUAUCAAACCUAGAAGACAGUUAUUGUAGUUUUUUCUAUUUUUGUUCGGAUAUCUUGUAUGUACAUUUUCAUACGCAAAGCUUUGCGCGACGCAACCUAAUUCUCGUUGCGCAAAUUGUUUUUUU